AAGUAACACGUGACCGUAAGUCUGCCAAUAGGAAUUCCCUAUGGUGUGAUGCGGGAAAUUUAGACCUGCUUGUAAAAAUUUGACUGAUAUCUUGCCCGUUCGACGUUCCAAGAAGAUUACUCACAACAUUUACUCCGUUUUUUAAAUAUAAUUUCAUCACAAGUAUGGCUGUGUGUUUAGUAGCAAUGUUCACUGAAGACCUUAUUGCUCACUUGUUAUCAAAAGGCAUCUCAAGAGAAAUUUGCGAUCAACUGAAAGAAAAUGCUAUUGAUGGGGGUACAUUGAACUUUUUGAUGCAAGACAUCGACGAAUUCAAAGCGGUCUUACCUAAAUCUGGCUAUCGAAUUCAACUAAAACAAAAAUUGGCCUUUACUUUAUCUGCGACAACAGAAAACGAAAAAAUGCCUCAGCAAAUUGUGAUGCCACAUGAUGAUGAACCACACACAUCAGAGCUAGAACCACCAAUGCCAACUGAACCACCUUUGCCAGUGGAACCACCUUUGCCAGUGGAACCACCUUUGCCAACCAUGGCAUGUGAAAGCAGUGUUGAAAGUGUGAAAGCAGGUGUUCAAAUGAAGAAACCACUCAAGAGUCCCAAACCUAUUACUAAUAGUUCAGAUGCCACAGCCCUACCAAACACUCUCCCAUUUCCUGAGAGUUUCUCUGUGCGAGUGCAGAUGGCAAUAAAAAUGGCUCUGUUGCCCCUGAGCGAACACAGCUGAUUGCAGAUGUAGGGACCUUUUAUUAUGGUUUGUCCAGCCACCCAAAGCAAGGUGACUACAAGAGGAUUGCCAUUUUAGUGUGCGAGAAAUUCCCUGAGUUGAG